AUGGGUUCUGAAGUGAAUAUCAGGAAAUUUGGUCAGUUCUUUUAUAAUAAAUCUGUGUUAUUCUGUAGUGCUGACAGUGAACUGGAGGACGCAGUUGUGGAAGUAAUUGACCAUCACCUCCUACAGAGGCCCACAUCCCCCUCCUGCCCUGUCACUGUGGAGCCCGUAGGCUCCUGCGCCACCUUGGUUACAGAGCGCAUAGCCCAAAAAGCACCUGAGGUGCUCGACCAACAAGUGGCUCAGCUUUUAUACGGUGCCAUUAUCCUAGACUGUGUUAACAUGGCACCUGAGGCAGGCAAAGUCACCCCUAAGGACAGCCAGUACGUCGUCUUUCUGGAGAAACGUUUUCCCAAACUGCCUCAGAGGGGUGCUUUCUUUCAGUCGCUACAGAAUGCCAAGUUUGAUGUGUCAGGCCUCUCCACGGAACAGAUGCUGUUGAAAGACAUGAAAGCAGCAUCUGGUGGGGAUCUAAAUUUAGCUGUCAGUGUCAUUUACAUGACACUAGAGGCUUUUCUUCAGAGGCGUGGACUACAGCAGGACCUCUGUGAGUUCUGCCACAAUCACAACUACAACCUGGUGGUUGCCAUGACAAUCUCUUUCAAUGACAACAAAGAGCCCUUCCGACAGUUAGCCGUCUACAGUUCCAGCACUGUCUACAGGGAAGAGAUGAGUAAAGCACUAGAAAAAGCCAAAAACAACAGUCUGGACCUUAAGCCAAUGAGCAGUUCAUAUCCGGAUGUGAAGGCCUUUUUACAGGGUAACACAUUAGCAUCCCGCAAGAAGGUAAUGCCCAUAAUCACAGACUUUCUGAAGGAGAGGGAAAAGAAAGCAUAUCAAUGUGGGAACAUAGAGGACCUAGAUCUGGACGAUGAUUCCAAUCAGGACCAGAGUGAAUCUCAACAAUGUCCCGAGGACGCUGGGAUUGAGGAUGAUACCCAUGUUCCUCCAACGCCAAUGAACAGUCUGGUGGAGGGUUGUCCCUUAGACAAUGGCCUACCAAAAAUCAGUCCUGAGGUUUUGGUGGAGAAAGUUAGCAAGAUGGCCAGCAUGGAGGACACGUCUCCUGAGGGACAGUGAUGAGAAUCAGUUGUCAAAGAGAGUCUUGAAUAAGAGCUGGAGAAGGAAAGUCCUUCUGCAUCUUCAAGAGGAUGAAGUGCAUAUCCAACAGUGCUGCAUCAGGGCAUGAGAAUGAAAUGGCACUUUUUUGAUCUGGGUAACUCACAAAGGUACGAUAGUCUGAAGAGACCAUUCGGUUAACUGGUACAUGAUCAUUCGAAUGGAGCAUUACAUAAAUGCAUUUUAUGUACAAUGUUUAAAGUUUGGCUGACGUAAAAAAAAAAAAAAAAUUCAGGUUUAGGCUGUUUAUUUAUAGUUCACAGUCAUAUUCAUGUUUGAUCUUCUAAAUUAAUCAGAAGUCUCAUUAAGACAUAUAAGCACAUUAUCUAAAAUUGACUAUAAGCACCCAGUGCAAGCUAGCUACUGACAGUGCAUAAUGAAUUUCUGGUAUUAUACAAUUAAUUAUAACAUGGUAGCUAUCGUUGCUUUUGAUGUCAGUAACAUACUUCAUUCUUCGUAGUGUUAAUUAAAGAAGUUAUUUUCAGCUUGUCUGCACAUCACCUCUGUGGCAUGGCAUUGAUUUCCCCAGAAAAUAGUUUUGACUUCUCCCUUGAUUUAUAAAAGCGAAUGGAAAUUGCAUUUACAGUAAGACUCUCACAGUAUUAUCCUAGCAGGCAAGCAAUUUUUUAAUCUCAUGUGGAUACUGAGCUAAACUACCAGUAACACCCCCUCUGUGGCCUUUUGCAUGUUAUAGGUGUUAACUGACCUGCUCCUGGUUAGAAUCAGGGCACCUGCAUUUUAGUCAUUGAGAUUUUACUGUUAAUUACCAAAGACCUCAGUUAUAUUUGUGUGUGAGGCAUGUUAAACAUUUGAUCAUUUGAGAUUUAAAACUUCAGUAUUCUGUUCAUUUAUAUUAUUUUGUUACAUAAUUUAUUUGAUGAUUUGAUGGCUUGGGGUAUAUUAGGGUUGAAAAAAUGUUUUUCAUGAACAGUCAGUUUGAUUUGUUAUAUGGCUUGUAGUUGGGCUGCACGAUUAUGACAAAAAUCAUAAUUGUCGAUUAUUCCCUUGA